GUCUAUACUUUCUAUACAAAUCUAUACUUUCUAUACAAAUCUAUACUUUCUAUACUUUCUAUACAAAUCUAUACUUUCUACACCAGUCUAUACAAAAUCUAUACUAUCUACACCAGUCUAUACAAAUCUAUACUUUCUACACCAGUCUAUACUUUCUACACCAGUCUAUACUUUCUAUACCAGUCUAUACUUUCUAUACCAGUCUAUACUUUCUACACCAGUCUAUACUAUACCAAUCUAUACUUUCUAUACCAGUCUAUACUUUCUACACCAUACAAAUCUAUACUUUCUACACCAGUCUAUACUUUCUAUACAAAUCUAUACUUUCUACACAAGAUGGUGGCGGAGCAGACAGAGGCUGAAAUGCUGACGUUGAUAUCGUUGAGGAGUCGUCGAUGGGUGGAGAAUACGCUGAAGAAGCUGUAG